AUGACAUCUUUGACAAAGGUCGUCAAUGGCAAAGUCGUCACCAACACUAAUGUCAAACCUCCCACCGGAUGGACCGUCGAAUACGACUACUUUGGUAGUGAAAGUGAAUGGGGCGAAGAUGGAGAAGUUGCUGAUCUGGUCGGCCAUUAUGGCAUCUCCGGAGUGGUCAAGCCGCUCUUCAGAACCCCUUACAACAGCAACGAGGCCAUUUUUGUGAUCGAGAUUAACGGGCAGUACUACAUAUACAAUAUGGAGUCUGGAUGGGUGCAGCGAAUUGUCUCGCCGGUAGAUCUGAAGGAGAUCGUGGAAUUUAUCAAUGAGCAUAAAUAUUGGCGGCUGGAAACAGAGGAUCUCGGGUAA